AAAAUAGGAUUGCAUAUAUUAUAAUCAUAAUUGCAAUACAUCUAUUAACACUUUAAUUUAGUAUCGCAUAGUGGCGAUUUAUUCACGCAUAUUUAGCGAUCAAAUAUUUGUGAAGAAGCCACAACUUAAUAGUUUAAACAUGCAGAAACGAACAAUAUUAUGGUACAUGACUUUUUGGGGUUUUGGAAUGAAUUUCAUGCUACGAAUGAAUCUCAAUAUAGCAAUUGUGUCUAUGGUUAGGCCAUUAACUGUGAAAGACGGAUUAAAAAGCGAAUACUAUGAAAAUCAUACCCUUUUGCAGAAUACAUCAUAUUUGACUAACUCUAACAUAGAUAAUGGCAAUGUCUUCGAAUGGGAUGAACACCAACAGAAUAUAGCUAAAGGAUCGUUUUUUUGGUUACAUAUGGUGUUACAAAUUCCUGGUGGUUUAUUAGCACAGAAAUUCGGAGCUAAAUCCAUAUUUGGCUAUAGUAACGGCUUAGUUGCUCUACUCACUUGUGUGAUACCUGUAUCGGCAAAAUUUAAUUUCAAUGCUUUGAUUUUAAUACGGAUUCUUCAAGGUCUCAUAGCUGGAUUAGCGUGGCCAUCAAUGCAGGCGAUGACGGGCAAAUGGAUACCACCUCACGAAAGAAGCCGUUUCGUGUCAGCAUAUUUAGGUACAUCUGUUGGAACGGCUAUGACUUACAUAGUUUGUGGUUACUUAAUGGAUUGGCUAGGUUGGGAGAGUGUGUUUUAUAUUACGGGAUCAAUUGGUUUGCUAUGGCAUAUAUGUUGGACUUAUCUUGUAUAUGAUUCACCAAGAAUACAUCCGAAUAUAACUGAGAAAGAACUAAAAUACAUAGAAAACAGUCUAGGCAACUCUAUAGUAAAAAAUGUAUCUUCUUCAACACCCUGGAAAUCAAUUUUGACGUCUUUGCCUUUAAUGGUGAACAUCAUAUCACAAAUUGGUUAUAACUGGGGAAUGUACACAAUAUCCCUCCAAGCACCAACGUAUUUCAAAUUUGUGUUGGGUUUCAACUUAAAACAGACAGGUAUUUGGUCUGGUGUGCCACAUUUAUUCCUAUGGCCAUUUGCAUUUAGUUUUGGUUGUUUAUGUGAUUAUUUAAUUCAAGCUAAAAUAAUGUCCAUAACAAACGUACGCAAACUGGCUUGCGUUUUUAGCAACUUAGUCCAUGGCCUCUUUAUAUUGACGUUUGCAUAUUCUGGGUGUAACGAGACUUUUGUCAUAUUUAAUUUGGUGUGUGCCGUGGUCGUAAGUGGUGCAAUUUCUUCGGGAGCACUUCCAGGAAUCGUGGAUCUAGCUCCAAAUUUUGCGGGAGUGUUACAAGGCAUAAAUGGAACAAUUGUGAUAUUUUGCAUUAGCAUUUCACCAUACAUUGUGGGAUUGAUCACAUAUCAACAGCAAACCAUAGAACAAUGGAAAAAAGUAUUUAUUGUAUCAGCGGCAUUUUGUUCAUUAACAGGAAUUGCAUUUUUAAUUUUUGGAAGUUCUAAAUUACAAAAAUGGAAUAAUGAGGAGCAGAAAGAUGUAAAAGAGAUUCAACCUAUAGUGUGAGAACCCUAAAAACUAAAAAACUACAUAAUGUACCUAUACACUAUAGAGAUCACAUUUUAAAAUUAGUUACAUUUUAAUUCUAAUGUUUUUAUAAUAUUUUUUAAAGUACAUAAAAAAUUAUUUGUAUUACAAUAAAUGAUAUAAUAUUUAUAUUAUUAUUGUAUAUUUGUGAACAAUUAUUAUUAAAUUUCAAUAGGUGCCUAUCUAAAUUUAAUGUUUCUAUCUGACCAUGUUAUCUCAAAGUGUUAAAUUAUGAUAAUAUUGUUGAAUUAUUAUUAUAGUUAUUAUUGUAUUAUUCAGACGUGCAUUGUAAAAUUUGUAUAUAUAUAAUAUAAAAGUUUAAAAUAUUUUAAGAGCUAACUAA